CGAGUCACUGAUCCGAGUUUGUUACCACUGCACCAAUCCCUCCCUAUAAAUCUGUCUCCAACCCUCGUGUCUCUUCGUGGCAUUCGUCCUGAUCCAUGCACCGUUGGUGGUUCUUCCAUGGAGAGUGCUUCGCUGAAGAGGGAGCAGAAGGAGAAGGCAACAAAGAGAGCCCGUGGCAAGUACCUCAAGAUCCAUGUCGUCUGCAAGGCGUCGGCCGCUCUUGCCACCCUCGUCGCAGCGGCGCUGAUGGGGUUCAACAAGCAGAUCAGCAACGUCGCCGGGUUCGAGAUAAAGGCCACCUACAAUUCCUCGCCGGCCUUCAAGUUCUUUGUGAUCGGCAAUGCGAUUGCAUGUGGGUACUCGGUGCUGUCCCUCCCUUUCGCUGCCCAUAUGGUGGAGGGAUGGAUGCUGAACCUAUUUGAUCUGAUGAACCUGGGACUGGUGAUGGCCGCAGCAUCGGCGGCCGCGGCGAUCGGCUACGUGGGGAAGUACGGGAAUGAUGAGAUUGGGUGGACGAAGGUGUGCCCAUACUACGAGAAGUUCUGUGGAAGAACUGAGAUCUCCAUUGCCUGUUCCUACGUAGGGUUUCUUCUGUUCCUCUUCGUAUGUGCCAUGUCCUCGGUCUGUAGAAGCAGAUUAAGCAACAGUGAUUGAUCCAAGCUCUGUGCUUCUCUAUCUUCUUCUUUAGAUGCCUCACUUUCUGUAGCUUGUUGGGUUUGAUAGGCAAUUGUGUUGUAGUUGUAACUCACAAAUGUUAUGAUAAUGACAUUUGGUAAUGAAAUAUUUGAUUAUAUGUUUUUUC